GUUCAUUUACGUUCAAACGUAUCUCAAGAAAAGCUAAAAUAUAAACUUGAAUAAAAGUUGAAUUAAAUUUUAGAAAAUGGCUUCUAUACCGUUUGCUGCAUAUAAAGCUGGUAGUAUACAUGAGAAUAUGAGAAAAGCUAUGAGAUCAAGAGCAUCUAGUGGAUCAUCAGUACCACAAAAGACAACCCCUGCGAUACCAAUGAAACAAAAAUCUGAAUCCUUCUCAGAGAGAGGAACUGGCGGAGUCUUCGACAACUUACGCAAGCUUGUUUUGAGUAAAAGAGCCAGCUCUGACGAAUCCGUAUAG